AUGUUCUCAAAUCUUUCAUUCAAAGAGCGACAAUAUAUAUUAAAAGAAUUUCCAGAACUAUCACCAAAUUUAAUAAAACGUUACGAAAAAACGUUUACUAGAUAUGACACGGAUAACGAUGGAUAUUUGGAUGUCGAAGAUCUCAAAGGAAUGAUGAUGGUGCGUGGUGUUCCAUGGACUCACUCGGCGAUUGUACGGCUUAUCAAAGACGCAGAUGAAGAUGGUGAUGGAAAACUGAGUUUUCGUGAGUUUCUGAUAACGCAACGCAAAAACGUGGAAUGGGCCCGCCGAGUGUUGUGUGCCCUGCCUGAGAUCGACGUCGGCCGCGUGGGCGUCAAAGGGGCCAAGAAAUACUUCGAAGCCAAACAGCCGUUGCCUCCACAAGCAAACCAUAAGAAUAAUAUGUCAUAUUAA